UCUCACAAUUAAUAAUCGAUUUAUCGGGUUAACAGCCAUUUCCAAGUGAUAUCAGCGAGCAAGCAUGAAUAUUUAUAUAACAUUACAUCUUUUUGCCAUAUUUUUAUCUAAUGUUCAUUCGAAGCCUAAUAAUCAACAAUUAAUAUCUAAAAUAUCCAAUUAUAUCGUGGAACCAAGCGGCAUUUUUGUAAAUGAUUUGAACAAUUUAAGACUUCAAGUGCAAAAUGCGAUAAACAACGUAGAAGAUAUCAUACAACAAUUUAAACGUGUUCGUACAGAAAUAGAAGAAGAUACUUAUAGAACAGUCUUACAAAAAUGGUGGGAUCAAAUGGAUAACUUUAAAGAUUAUGUAAAUCUAGUGGUCGUUUCGAUGCAGAGAGAAGUGAAUACUGCUAAGAUGCAGGGUAAAGAUGCGCAAUAUUGCUACGAUGCUAAUUUUUGUGCCAUAACCGAACACAGUAAUAUUGCAUAUGAAGCUGCAACAAAAUGCGAAGAUUCAGCUACAAAUUCCACUAAAAAGAAUCUCGAGUUUGUCAGUUCUUAUAUCUCGUUUGGGGAAACAUUAAUAACGGAAUUGAAUGACCUCUUCCUAAACUGUCAUGACAGUGAUAAUACUAAAAUGCAAGCCUGUAUUCUAACUGAAUUGGGAACAAUCAACAAUGAUGUGAAAAACUUUAAGGAAAACGUAAAAUAUCUCAGGACAAUUGCCUCACCCAUAUCAGAUUCUGUAAUUCUACAAGCCAAAAAAUGUCUGAAAAAUGCUUACUUAUGGGCGCAAAUAGAAACCAAGAACGCUAUGUCGUCUAAUUCCAGAUGUGUCCAAGAUGCUCUGAAAAAUAAGAAAAACAUGAUUAAGAAAUUAGCAGUUACAUGCAAAUUACGAUUUACUUUUAUCUUUAAAGUUCUUCUCGAGAAAAAAAGAAAAAGGGAAUAAAAAGAAAAUAUUAUGUAUUCAAUAGAAUCAAUUCAAAGCAUUGUUAUGACUUACAUUUUUUAUAUUAAAAAAGACUUUCAUUG